UCGGCCGGACCCGCCCUGCCGCGGGGCGCGGCGCGGAAGCGGAGGCCGCAGGCAUGGGGCGGCCGUGGGGGCGGUGGCUGCUGCCCCUCGGCCUCCUGCAGCUGCUGGGGGGUCCCGGAGGCGCAGCCUGCCCCUGCCGGGAGCCGCGGCUCUGCCAGCCCGUCGCGGGCACCGGCGGCCCCGAGGUCUUUGUGUUCGAUGUGGGGAAGAAGGCCUGGAAAUCCUAUGACUGGUCGAAAGUUACAACUGUGGCAGCUUUCGGGAAGUAUGAUCCAGAGCUUAUGUGCUACGCUCAUUCCCAAGGUGCCAGGGUAGUGCUAAAAGGUGACGUACCUCUUAAGGAAAUUGUUGAUCCUGCUAAAAGAGCAGCCUGGAUAUCCCAACAGGUGGACCUUGCCAAAAAACAGUAUAUGGAUGGAAUUAAUAUAGAUAUAGAGCAAGAAGUUAAUGAAACCUCCCCUGAAUAUUAUGCAUUGACAGAGCUUGUUAAAGAAACUACAGAUGCUUUUCACAGAGAGAUUCCAGGAUCACAGGUAACAUUUGAUGUGGCUUGGUCCCCUGCAUGCAUUGAUAAAAGGUGCUACAACUACACUGGGAUUGCAGAUGCCUGUGAUUUCUUAUUUGUGAUGUCUUAUGAUGAACAGAGCCAGAUCUGGACCGAUUGUGUUGCAAAAGCCAAUGCUCCUUACCUCCAGACUUUAGUUGGAUAUGAAGAGUACAUUACUAUGGGCAUUGAUCCUAAGAAGCUUGUGAUGGGCGUCCCCUGGUACGGCUAUGAUUAUGUCUGCCUAAAUUUAUCUGAGGAUCAUGUUUGUUCCCUUUCCAAAAUACCUUUCCGUGGGGCUCCGUGCAGUGAUGCCGCAGGGCGUCAGGUCCCCUACGGAGCAAUAAUGAAGCAGGUGAACAGUUCUAUUUCAGGGGUGCUAUGGGAUGAGGUACAGAAGUCUCCGUUUUAUGAAUACAAGGAUUCUCUUGGUCAGUUCCACCAAGUAUGGUUUGAUGACCCUCACAGCAUCUCUCUUAAAGCAGCCUAUGUGAAGAACAGAGGCCUAAGGGGCAUUGGCAUGUGGAAUGGAAAUAGUCUUGACUAUUCCAGGGAAGCUGCUGCAGAACAACAAACUGAAGCAAUGUGGCAAGCCUUGACACCGUAAGAAGUAUAUAAAAUUGUGAAUCACUUGAUAUAGAACUAUGAAAAUCAGAUUUUUUUUAUUUUUUUUUUUUUAUUAUGACACAUAAUGUAUAACAGAAUUCUUUAUAAACAUAACAUGAUUACAAUCAAAACUUUGAGAGCUGGUCAAAUUCAUCUUGUUAUUUUGUAUGCAAAGCUGUAUCUUCAUUCUUCAUAAAGUUCCGGUAUUGCUUCAGCAGUGCUCUUUAAGAGACUUAUCACCCGUUUAAUUUUUCACUACCAUAGAAAGUUGGUUAAAGCUUCAACUUAGAACAUAUCUGGUAACAAGUAAGACCAAGUGAAUUUACAGGGGUCAUCUAAUAACGGUACUCUGCUGAGGCUGCCUAAUGCAUGGAGAGAUGGACUGCUGUCUACAGAACUUUUUUGUUGUUCAGUAAAACACUGUUUUUGUUAAGGUUGAUAAAGUGUUGUCUGUUUAUGCAUUACUUGUUCCGUGGUUUACAGCCUACAUUGUUUCUCAGAACUGUUUCACAAUCAGAUUGAAGUGCAACUAUGCCCUGCUUAAGUGACUCCAUUAAUUAAACUAUUUAAUUAGA